AUGAAACGUGUAACUGCAACCUUCACGCCCGCAAGUGUCGCUUUAAUAUGGAAUUAUACAAACUCUCCGGUCGUAAGAGUGGAGGUGUUUGUCUCAAGUGUCGGCACAACACCGCUGGAAGACAUUGUCAUUAUUGCAAAGAAGUCAAGUGAUCCUAACAUUAAGUCUAUAAGAGCGGAUCGCUAUUAUCGGGACACAAGUAAACCCAUCGCUCAUAGGAAGGCGUGUAAACUAUGUGAUUGUCAUCCGGUGGGCAGUUCGGGUCGCAAUUGCAACAUAACCAGUGGUCAGUGUCAGUGCAAACCUGGUGUGACUGGCAUUAGUUGCAACCGAUGUGCUAAAGGAUAUCAACAAUCGAGAUCUCCUGUCCAGCCCUGCAUUAAAAUUCCUCAAAAUAAUGACAUAUCGUUUGCAUCGAUGGAGACGACAUCAGAGCCCGACUCCGUAUGUGAUUGUCAUCCGGUGGGCAGUUCGGGUCGCAAUUGCAACAUAACCAGUGGUCAGUGUCAGUGCAAACCUGGUGUGACUGGCAUUAGUUGCAACCGAUGUGCUAAAGGAUAUCAACAGUCGAGAUCUCCUGUCCAGCCCUGCAUUAAAAUUCCUCAAAAUAAUGACAUAUCGUUUGCAUCGAUGGAGACGACAUCAGAGCCCGACUCCGGGGACAGUUGUUCCACAUGUCAGGCCUCCACCAAAAGAGUAAAUCUGCGUAAAUAUUGCAAAAGAGAUUUUGGUAAGUCAUCCACAGUUGUAUUGCAAAACUAUCAGCUCUACAGUCAUAGUAAUAGUGAUAGUGAUAGUGAUCGGGACUUUAAUAACACGGAUGAAUGGUGUGCUUAA